AUGCCGCCUCUCUUUCGCAUUUGCCCCUUGUGUCAACAGGGGUUCGGAUCGGCUUCCCUGGGUAUACACGUACCACAAUGCUACCAGAAAGCCCUCAAGCGCUGGAAACUCAACCCCAAUGGGCCUAUGCCAGUCAUGCCAAAUAUAAGUCCGACGCCUCAUAAGGGAACGAAAAGUAGUGCUGGUGGUGUUGCCUGUGGCAAUGGCGCAAAUGGUGCAAGAACGCUAAACGAGCACGAUCCUUUUGCCAACGGAUCCGAGCACCCGGAGGGAAAUAUGAAUUUACACCCAUGUUCUCGCUGUGGUAGGAAAUUCCUGUUUGAUCGGAUUGCUUAUCACGAGAGCGUCUGCAAGGGCAACGUCAAGCGCAAGGUGUUUGAUAGCAGCAAGCAGCGGGCGAUUGAGGGCCAAUACAGUGGCGGCUGUUUCGGUGCGCCUUCCGCAAAGGGGAGGAAGAAGGCAGCGCCCGGUGCUUCUUCACCUGCUCCGGGUGUGCCGCGCACGCGCUGGCGUGAACAACACCGUGAGUUCAUUGAGGCAAUGCGCGCGGCACGACAGGCGCGUCAGACCAGUGCUGCUAUGUGGGGGGAGCCGUGCGCCAAGGAACCCUGUCCAAAUAAUAGGCAGCCGCGUGCCCCACCCGCGAUCGCGAGGCAGCAACGAGGGGCGCAGCAGCGACAGCAGCGAACAGCAAAUCCCAUGGGAAUCACCUUUUCGGGGACGCAGGCAAGCUCUCACAGCGCCUCUUCACGGCCAUCGCACGGAAACACAUUUGGAAACCGAUGUGAGGGCUUUGGUUCCCGUGUGAGUGGUAGAGUAGGUGGUGGUGGCGGGGGUGGCCAGAUAAGGAUUGCUAAUGACAACACAACAAGCCUCGGUAUGUUGCAGGCAUUUGGCAGGGCGUAG